CAAAAUUCAAAUUGUUAUUAUUGUUAUGUCAACUUUGUUAAAAUGCCUGUGGAUUUACAUAGGCUUAUACAAGGAUGGUUGGAAUUAGAAAGCGAUCCCGGAUUAUUUACAUUACUUUUGGAAGAUUUUGGAGUAAAAGGAAUUCAACUAGAAGAAAUAUAUGACCUUCAGAAACCACUGGACAGUCCUGUGUAUGGUUUUAUUUUUUUAUUCCGAUGGAUUGAAGAACGUCGUAGCCGCAGAAAAAUUGUAGACCAGACAGACAUAUUUGUUAAAGAUGAUGAUGCCAUCAACAGUAUAUUUUUCGCUCAACAAAUGAUACCUAAUAGCUGUGCUACACAUGCCCUACUGUCCGUAUUGCUCAAUUGUUCAGACAUACACCUAGGCGAGACAUUGGGGCGUCUUAAAGAACUUACUAGAGGUAUGAAUCCAGAAAAUAAAGGAUGGGCCAUUGGUAACACUCCCGAAUUAGCACGAGCACACAAUUCUCAUGCCAUGCCAAAGAGUAGACCACGUAUGGAUAAAACACCUGGCCUGACAACUGGACGAUUUACUGGUGAGGCAUAUCACUUUGUCAGUUAUGUACCCAUUAAUGGUCAUUUAUACGAAUUAGAUGGAUUAAAACCAUAUCCUAUGGACCAUGGGCCAUGGGCUGAAGAUGAAGAUUGGACUGAAAAGUUCAGAAGAGUAAUUAGUGACAGACUUGGAGCAGCAGCUGAAUAUAGUGAUAUACGAUUCAAUUUAAUGGCCGUUGUUCCUGAUAAACGAUUAGCUAUUACCCAUAAGCUAAAUAUGCUCAAAACAAAUAGACAGAUUGUUUUUGAAGCCUUACAACAACUUGUAUUAGUUGAUGACUUAGGAAAAAAAAAGAAAAAUAUUGAUAAUAAUCAAUCAUCAAAUAAAAGUGUUAAAAAAGAUCUGUCUCCAAUUCCAAGCACAUCAAAAGACUUUAAUGAAGAAAAGGUAAUGAAAUAAGUAUUAAAAUCUUAAACCUUUUUUAAUGUAUUUACAAAUUUGAAUAAAAUUAUUUUAUUAAAAUUAAUUCAAUAAUAUUUUGUAAUCGACUCAGUUCAAAAUAAAUUUGUGUUAAAAAUUAAUAUUAAUUUGAACAUUUAUGUAAUGUGCAUAAUUUUAUUUUUAAUGAAUGAAAUAGUAAUUUAAUGUUUUAUUAUUAUUUAAUAAUUUUAAUUUAUUAAAUUAAUUAGUUUAAAUAUUUAAUUUACAAUCUAUACAGCAUGUAUAAGUAAAUUUGAUUAAAUAAAGAUAUGAAAAGGAGACCCACAGUAGGGUCAUUUGAAUAUGAAAGAUAAAUUUAAACAAUGGCAUUGAGGAAGUCUAGGCCAUAAGCAGUUCAGUUGUCUGCAAGGGUUGCCUGGGAGGAAUUUGGUGUAGAGCUGUGCAGUGAGAUUAUUGGAGUAUCUUGAGAAAAUGCCACUAAAAAUAAAAUAAAAAUCCACUAAACAUUUUAAAAUAGAUUUAUUAAUAUUUUUAAUUUUUUGUUUUAUAUAAAAAUUGUAUAAUUUUGCAGACAUGUCCAGAAUCAAAUAAUAUUGUAGUUAUACAUGUACAAUCUUCAAGUUGUGGAUCAAAAGGUGGUGGAAAUCCAAAAGACAUAAAAAGUGUGUGUCUAGAAGCAGGAGCUAUGCCCAAAGGAUGGGAGACACCAUCUAGUCAUUCUUCAGAUAAAGAAGAUAAUAGUGAUCAAAAAAUGGAAAAUAAUGUAAAAUCCAAUCACACUUUUUCUCCUAAAGAUUUAUUGGCUCUUGUAAAAAAUUUGGAGCUUGAAAUUAAUAUGAGUGAAGGUAAUAAAAUAUAUUUUAUUAUUUAUAAAUAUUCAGCAAUUUAUUUGUUUAUUUAUUAUUUUUAGGUAUAUUACGAGAAGAAAAUGAAAAGCGUAAUAAAUAUAAAAUUGAUGAUUGUCGACGUACACACAAUUAUGAUCAAUUCAUAUGUACAUUUUUAACUAUGUUAGCUCAAAAAGGUAUAUUAGCUGAUUUAGUGCAACAGCAUUUAGGCAGCACGCAAAAAAAGAAUACAAGUGCACAAUUAGCAUUAUCUGUACAAUCUAAUUCUACGAAUCAAACACAAGUUAAAUCUAAAACUAAUAAAACAAAUUCAAAAACUAAUACUACGUCAACUGCGACAAGACUCAGGACUAAACGAAAGACAUCUACUAAAAAAGGACGUAAAUCAUGACAGGUCAUAAUUAUUACUCGGGAAUAUUUCACUUGAGCGCUUCUUGUUCAGUUCGGUGGAAGAAAAUCUUGGUACCUAUCUGUAUGUUAUCUAUUGUUGUUUUUAUACAUCACUGUAAUUAACAUUGUUAUCAGUUUAUAGUUUUAAUUUUAACAUGUAAUAGCUUUGUCGUUAAACUAAAUCACUAACUUAUUUUAGUUUACAGUGAAGUCAUAUGUAAUAUGUUUGCUUGAAAGCAUUUGAAUUGGAUAAUUAACCUAACUAUAAUAAUUGCUAUAACUUAAACUGCUAUGGGUUAAUGGCUAAAUUAUGAAUGAGCUCUCAGAUUGAGUUUAGUAUAAAAGCAGUUUUUAAGUUUUAUACAUAAAUCUAAAUUGAUCUCAAAAAACAAAGAACAUGGAUUUUCCAUGUUAUCUUAACAUGAUUCUAUGUUUUUCCAUGAUUCUAAUUGUUGUAUUUUUACAUUGUGGUAUAAACAUUUGAAGAAAUUAUGUUAUUUCAAGUUGUUAUAUUUUAUAUUUUUUCUACAAAUAAAAAAAAUAUAUAUAUAUAUAUUUAUUUUUGGAUUUAAAGUUAAAUUAAAUAAUAUAACAUCAUCC